CUUCAGAUGUAGCCGACGUGAGAAGCCAUUGCAGUUGUUGCGCCGUUCGUCAAAAAAUUUGUUGCAUAAAUAUGAAGAUCACGUGAAAAGAAUUAGUUGAAAUUACACUGCGUGGAUAUUUAUUAAUAUUGUCAUUAAAAUGGAUAGUAUUGAAAAGUACGAUGAAAAAGAAGAAAAUGAAAAUAAUGAAAUUAUUGCAUAUACACUUUCAAUUUACGAUAUUUUAGAAAAUAUCAUCUCUUAUUUAAAUGUAAAAAGUCUUCGACAAGCAGCUGCCGUUUGCAGAUUGUGGCGCGAAACUGCUCAAACAGAGCUUGCAACGAGGAAUGAAAUUCAGUGUUUGCUUUUGCCAUUGUACAUCGCUUCGUACCGUUGUGCGUUAAAUUGCGAAGGAGAUGAAGAUCAAAGUGAUCCGAGUGACAAACGCUUGGAGUACGAUUUGGACACUGGAUGGGAUAUAAUUGACGUUGUGAGAAGCAUACCGAAAGUAUUUCUUUUAUUCCAUGAGGCUCAAACGACCGUUAACGUACCAUAUCACUAUAAAUACACGAAAAUGUUGCCAGAAUCUGCGACGUUCGCUACUUUUGGUUUGAUGAUGCUGUCUAUGGACAGUACAGAAAUUUUUGGACUUUCCAAUUUAGCCACCGGAAUUUCCAUACCCUCCACGAAUUCAUUGAACAACGAAGUAUUUAUGGUCGACGAUUUCUCAUUAACGGAAAGUACCGCGGAGAAAUUAGUAGAUGACGCAAUGGCUGCAUUAAAAAUUUCCUCGACCGACAAGGGUCACAGCUGUUUUUUAAUUUUCCAAAAUCGCGAAAACGACGGCACAUUGGAUUACUUGCAAGAGAGAAACAAAGCCUACAUUUCUGAAUUGUUGAGAAGCUUAAAGAAGAGAUGCGAGCCUGGCUCGUACUCAAUUCUCGGAAGCGGCUGUCUCUGCAUGGACGUUUUCACUCCGGUAUCGAGUGAAAACGACUUGAAUUUCAGCUUCGUACUGAGGCUGUACGGUCCAGCUGUAAAAUCUUGGUCGGUCGUUCUCAGUCUGUAUUUGCCGGACAGUAUCGUCGAGGAGCAAUUGCGAGCUUUCAAAAAGGGCGUGAACGCGAAUUUUCACACAAUAGCCAUCGCAGCCUUUCCCGUUGACAAGAGACAAGCUUUCGAGUGCACGCGGCAGAAUCGAUUGAACGCAGACAUCUAUUUGCACCGAACGGAUGUGUUUAAAAAAGUAUUUCCCAAUGUUCCAUUGAUAUGUCUUUACGAUGAUCAAACAUUUACUCAAAUUGGAUGUAACACACUCAAUGAUGUUCACGACUCUUCAAUGGAACACAAAGACUCUGUGAUUUAUUUGGUCAUGUCUACAACCUAAUUAUAAAAAUUAACAUUUGUAACUUAUACGGAUUUUUUAAAGAAAUUAAAAAUUUUUCAUCAAAUAUCCAAUUAUUGCUGUGCCUAAGCAUAUUCUUAAUCAAAAUAAAUGACAAAUA